AUGGCGGACGCCGAGGAGGUUGAAAGCGUGGAGACGACCCCAGCCAACGUUGUCGUGGUCACUAAAUAUAAGAUGGCAGGAUAUAUGGUUAAUACCAUCCUGAAAGAACUGAUUGCCAAAGUUAAAGAUGGAGUUACAGUCUUGGAACUUUGCGAGUUUGGUGAUAGACGCCUCAGUGAGGAAACAUCCAAAGUCUUCAAAAAAGACAAGGAAAUGAAAAAGGGUAUUGCCUUCCCUACAUGUGUGUCCGUCUACAACUGUGUCUGCAUUUCUCCCCACUCAAAUUUGGGUGCUCAUGUUGAUGACUACAUAGCCGUGGCAGCCCAUACUGUUGUUGUUGGUGCCUCAAAGAAGAAUCCAAUAACGGGAAGGAAGGCAGAUGUCAUCAUUGCCGCACAGAAAGCUCUAGGGGUAGCUCUCAGACUUGUGAAACCUGGAAACACGAAUUACGAAUCAACAGAUGGUAUUCAGAAAGUUACAGAAGACUUCAAAUGUAAACAAGUUGAAGGAAUGCUCUCCCAUCAGCUUAAGCAGCACAUUAUUGAUGGACAGAAGAGGAAAGAUCAUGAAUCUUGUGAGUUUGAGGUCCAUCAAGUAUAUGCAAUUGAUAUACUUGUCAGCUUCGGUGACGGCAAGGGAAGGGAGUUGGAUACAAGAACCACAGUGUACAAAAAGAAAGACAUUGUAUACCAGCUGAAAAUGAAGGCCUCUAGACAAUUUUUGAGCGAAACAGAAAAGAAGUUUUUACUGAUGCCCUUCACACUUCGGGCAUUUGAUGAUGAGAGGAAAGCCAAGAUGGGAGUGUUGGAGUGCGUUAAACAAGAUCUUAUGCAGCCUUUUAGUGUGCUCUAUGAGCGAGAGGGUGAAUUGGUAGCCCAGUACAAGCAGACUGUUAUACUUAUGCCCAACGGUCCACUCAAGAUCAAAGGUCUUCCACUGGAGGAGGAGCUUUACAAAUCUGAAUAUUCUAAGGAGAAGAAAGCAGGCAAGGCUGCAGCGGAGUCUGCAGACAACGCUGAUGGUGAAGAUGAAGCAGAGUAUUGA